CCCCCAAAAAAACCGCACCCUCUUUGACAUGCAGGAGGGCCAUAAUCAGUGAGGGCCGGGGUGCGAAAAUAUUGAUGCCAGUAUGGACCUUCAACCCCCGCACUUGAUCGACGAUUGUCUAAUUCAUAUCUUUACAUUCCUGACAGAGGAAGACUUAAUCAGUGCCUCCAGUGUGUGUAAGGAUUGGCAUGAAGUUGCAGAGACUCCUUGGCUAUGGAGGAGGAUGUGUCUGCAGCGCUGGAGUUUCUGUAACUUUGCUGUUUUGUCGAGCGAACACGUCAAUCACUCAUGGAAGAGAUACUUCCUGCGACGCUGCUACUUAGAGGCGAAGAUGACGAAAGGUCGCACAGGAGGUUACACCUGCAAAAGCCUCAGAGGACACACAGGCAGGGUGGUAGGGUUUGUGUACCUGCAGGAGAAUUCAGCUCAGCUUCCUCACCUCUGGAACAGCAGUGCCACAGUGUGCAGCGCCUCUACUGAUGGAACAGUUCGAGCAUGGAACAUCCACAAUGGUGAACUCCUGUGGUGCAGUCCUGUGCAGAGUCCUUUGACAGGGAUUGUAAGUGAUGAACAGCGUGAAGUUGUAAUCACAGCAGACUCCACCGGCCUCAUCAAGACCUGGCAGGGCAAGACUGGCCAGGAGGUGGCCUCCUUUUCUACUGCAUCUCCACAUUGUACACUACUACAGUAUAAUGUCAACAACAAUUGGUAUUUGACUGUUGGAACCAGUCAGGGAUCUGUGUGUACACUAGCUGAUUCAGCUUUAACUAAAAAGUCCAGCGUAAUGGUGUGUGACACCUUUAAAGUCAACAUACUGCUAGUUUCACCUGACAAGAAAUGGAUCACUGCUGGAACCAAGGACAAUGAUGACUUAAGUCCAAAGGUGAUUUACACUGAGAGUCUGACCUUUCCGUCUGAGGACGAAGAUCUUCUGUGCCAAUCUGUGCCAGUCAUUGGGUGCCAGGCUGCUGUCUUCAUACCCACCCAGCCUGCCAGACUGGCCAUCAUCCACCACAACGAGCACCCACACAACAAAGCCCUCACUGUCUUCGAUGUCAGCAUUAAAAAGACUAAGUACAAGUCAGAGAUCCAGGUCCAGCAGGUGGAGUCCUUCCCUUUGACAGUGAACAGCAGGUCCUCAGACAUCCUUCUAGAAGCCAAGGACAGCAACUGCUUAGUGUUGGCAGCUAACCAGGAGCUAUGGGUUUACUCUCUGAAAGGAGCCCUGCUUGCUAGCUUUAAAGAGCAUACCAUGCCUAUUUCUUCCAUAUGUGUGGAUCGUUUUCGUGUAGCGACAGCAUCGCAGGACCUGUCCUUACGAGUGUUGACAUGGAGAAAUGACAGAGACCGUGGGUUGACUCUGGAGAGCCGAUACCACUUACUCGGGGGCUCUCACACAAUGUCCAGAGGGUUCACUCAUGUUGCCUGUGACUAUUCCAGCAUUGUGGCCUCAGUAGAAGGGAAAGAUGGGAAAGAUGUCCUAAAAGCUUAUUCUUUCCCCUCCUGAGCAUCACUGUUCCACAAAAGGUGCCUACCAGUGAGCAGGUUGUACAACCUACUGGAAGGAGGAAUUGCUUUUAUUAUGUAAUAAUUAUCACAUGCUUACAUUGGGAUGUUCUUUGGUAAGUCUAUGUUUACAGAAGAACAGAAUGUAUUAGGUAUUACAGAUGAUGCUACGUUAUGGGAAAGGCAUUGACAUAACGUGUGAACAACAAGCUUGUUAAGAAAUGAGAAGGUAUAAAGAUAAUAUUCUAUAACUAUACUUUUUGAGCUGAGGCAUGUCAGUGUUGAUGUUGUUGUGACCAGUCUUAAGGCAUAAUGUAUAGCUAAAUAUAUCUUGGUCACCUGUUCUUCAAUGUGUUACCUCCACUCACUACUGAGGUAAGAAAAUAGUUACGUAUUAGUGUCAAUGCUCUACAUAUCAUAAGUGUUUAUCUUAAGCCCACAUUGACAAAAUCAGUUAUUACAUAAUAAAUCAUUUUGUUGCAAGG